UAGGUGUUGAUUUGAGCUCUGUCUCCCCUUGUCGGAGCUAUGAGACAUUGCAGGCGCACUGCUCUCGCCUUCUUGCCUAUUUUAGUCUCCUCACUGAGGAAUGUGCGACGCACACUGUGCAGCCCUGACGCGAGGAAGCAGCCGCAGCCACAGCACCGUCUCUGCCCCUUCUUCCUCGGAACCAGCCCCUCAUCCUCUGCCGUGCACAGCCCCGCUUCACCCACACCAGCCCGGGGAAACGUUUCUAAGGUGACCCCUGCUGAAGGAUGUCCUCCCCCUCGGAUCAACCCCUCCUCUCCUUCACCGGCCUGCCCCCCUUCCCCUCGCCCACGCCAGGAUUCGCCCUCGUGCCCAAUGCUACCUCGUGCGAGGAGUGGGAGCAGACCCACCACCUCCUCUUCCAUCUGGGAAACCUGUCGCUGCUGCUGGGCCUGGUCAUCCCAACCACCAUGGGCCUGCACAUGAUCCUGCUGCGCCUCCUGCUGAUGACAGGAUGUGGUUUCUACAUUGCCUGGGCGGCUCUGUAUAGGUGCAACCUGGAUGUGAUGGUUUGGAACGUGGUUUUUCUGGUGGUCAACUUCAUGCACCUCUUCUACCUCCUGUACAAGCGAAGGCCAAUUAAGAUCGACAGGGAGCUGCGGUCGGUCUACAAGCGGAUGUUUGAGCCGCUCCAUGUGAAGGAGGCUCUGUUUCAGAGGCUCACGGGACAGUUCUGCACCAUCCAGACACUGAAGAAAGGCCAGGCCUACGCUGCGGAGGACAAGACGUCCGUGGACGAACGCCUCAGCAUUCUCCUCAAAGGAAAGAUGAAGGUGUCGUACAGAAACCAUUUCCUCCACAACAUCUACACCAACGCUUUCAUUGAUUCUCCAGAGUUCAGGUCCACUCAGAUGCACAAAGGAGAUAAGUUCCAGGUGACCAUCGUGGCUGAGGAGAACUGUAAGUUCCUGUGCUGGUCUCGAGAGAGGCUCACCUACUUCCUGGAGUCAGACACUUUCCUCAGUGAGGUGUUCCGCUACCUCAUUGGCAAAGACAUCACCAAUAAACUGUACUCUCUGAACGACCCCACCCUCAGUGACAAGGCACUGAAGAAGAUGGACCGUCAGCCCAGCCUGUGCUCGCAGCUGUCUAUGAUGCAGAUGAGGAACAGCAUGGCGAGCGCCAGCGACACCGAUGAUGUUCUGAACCAGAUCCUACGAGGAGGAUCUGCUGGAUCGUCCGUCCAAAAAUCUCCUGGCACCAAGGCCUCCAAGAUGAACCCCAUAGAAGAAGCCAUGGAGGAUGACGUUUUCAAAGAAUCUGCUACCUCCGAUUCUCAGCGUAUGCCCAGCACGUCCACUGAGGAAGUGUAGUCCGCAGGGGACGAAUGGACACAAUCACAAUUAUUAAGUUGGUGUGUUUUUCAACCUAACAUCCAGAGCCUGAUUGAACGCCAACAUGGCUGAUUCUAACGAAAUGUCAAAAGACAUGUGUGUGGUCAUGUAGAAUUGUGUCUUCAAUUUGUAGUUUCUCCACCAUAGAGCACUGACAAGUUAUAUGUAUGAUGUAAAAUGUCAGCACAAAUCUUGAUCACAAUUCAUUCAAAUCUAAGUUAUGAAAAGUUAAUGUUUUUAAGUAAACAAAUAAUGUUGGUAUACCUAUUUUUAUGAAAGUUGCGUCAGUUGAUUAAUUUGGCUCAAUUAUUGUGAAGAUGGAGGACAUGACAUCUCGGAAAUGUGACGCAAAAACAUCUGGAUCACCCCCUGGUGGCUGGAUGGAGUAUAGGCCCCAAAUCCCACGUCCUCCCUGUUUUUCAGAAAAUGGUCUCUUACAUGCUAGGUUUUUAUUAAGGUAUUUGAUGCUAUAAAAAGUGGGUGUGACCUUGUGAUUGACAUUGGUUAUGGCUUCACUUCCGAUCACACGGCACAGAAUCUGGCUCUAAACUACAUCAACAGUGCAAGAUAGCGGCAUAUGUGUGCUGGAAAUAAUGGCUUAGUUUUUGUUCAGUUGGAGGAAGUGGAGUUGUGUCGUCAAUCUUUAUAUACAGACAUUGAUUUGAUCGCAGCCGAAGAAGAUGGAACCAGAGAUAUUAUAUCUUUGUAUUCCCUCAUGGCAAUCAAUAUCACAUUCUUAUCACGUUCUAUUAACGACAUAUACGUAUUUUCAAGUGAUAUAUAAGUUACAGUAUGCUAGAGUUCUUUGAUCAUCAAAAGAGAAUGAGAGCAAUUCCUUCUGGAGAACAUAACUGAUCAGUUUCUUUUCUCUGUGUGAUAAAAGCAUUGAUAAAAAUCCAUUUUGAAUGUAUUUUUUGUUUUAUAAGCACAAGCAUACAUCUCAACAUCCACAAAUAGCUUUUCUUAGUGUGGAUUUUCUUCAGAAAAUAUUUUAUCUGUGUGUUAUAUAUUCUUGUUUAAAUUUUUGUACUAGAAACCAGUGCACUGUGUGUGUUCAAUAAACGUUUGUUUUUAAAUGUAAUUUGGGAACUGAGUUGUAAAAAGGUAUCCUAGUAGUGUAGUGCCCCCCUGUGGUCACAAUGUGUGCUUAUCUCAUCACAGUAGGGUCUUGAACUAAUUUAUAUUAAUACAACACUGAAACUUAAAAAAAUAAAAAUUCAUUAAAUCAUUUUCUGAUGAGUAAAACAAUAUAACCACAUUGGAACAUGUGUCUUGUUUGAAUGUUACAUGUUAGAGGUGGAAAACUCAUAUAGGCGGAGUAGUGUGCACAACUGGUAGGAAUUAGGAUGCUCCACAAACAAGAUUCAAUUAGGAACAUAUUCCUAAAUAGCACUUUUAGGAAAGAUGUCUGCAUGACAUCUCCACCUGUGGGAUAAACCUCUGAGGAGUCAGUCGAAAAGCUCAUUACAAAAACUAUACAAGCAAACUUUCCAGGGGAGGUCAAACCUGAAAAACUUAAGAGUACCCAAAAAGUAGGUUCACAGUGAACUUGUUGCCAGCUCUGUUCAUCACUAACAUUUUCCUGAUCACAGAAAAAGCAGCAGUCUUUGGCGUGGGGUUAGCUAAAGUUAAUCUCAACAGCCAAUCCUCCAUUUCUCAUAAUUGAUGUUAGCCCUGAAUCACACAAAAGAAAUGUUACAGUUAUGUUUAAACCAUUUUGUUGCACAGUUGCAAAUACAUGGAGAUGAAAACUACUUUUGCAGAUUCAAAAUAGGAAGAUGAGGUCCCACUGCCAUUUAAGAGUAAAAAUAAUAUAACUAAUGACAACAAGAAUCUCACUAGAACUGGGGAGUGGUUUAUGUGUGUCUCCGUGUGUGUGUCUGUCCAUGUAACUGCUACGUGUAGAAAGCAGCUAGGAGGAAGAUACAAAUUCAACAUCAGAAAAAGAAAGACUGACAAGUGCAAAUGACAAACUGUGACCUGCAAAACCAAUCUAGAUGCAAAUGUAUUUGUGUGCUUUACCCUGUACCACUUUCCCAUUGAGAUUACUACACAUGAGUAAACAUUAUAUUAUUUUACAUUAUA